UCGAGAGAAGCUCGAAUGCUGAAUCCCCUGCCAGCUUGUUUCUGCUCAGAAACCAUGUGGGCGAGUGCGACGACGGUCUCUUUCCCGUGGCCAUGUUACGCAAACACCGCACGUCCUACAAGCCGGAAUUCUCUAACAAAUUUCACCAACCGCAACUCCUUGAAGCUCAGAGCAUCUCUUUUUGAAUAUCCCCUCGCAAGCAGAAUCAUGGUUAGAAAUUUGCCAUAUUCAGCGGACGAAAGUAGUUUGCAAAAGGAGUUUUCUAAUUUCGGUCAGAUAGCUGAAGUGAAGCUGGUUAAGAAUGAAGCCACGAACAGGUCAAAAGGGUAUGCAUUUAUUCAGUAUACUUGUCAGGAAGAUGCUAUGCUAGCCCUAGAAAAUAUGGAUUACAAGAACUUUGAUGGCAGGGUCAUUUAUGUAGAGCUGGCAAAGCCUGGGGGUGGCACCUUUGGACGAUCCCCAAUAACCUCUGGACCACCAAAGGUGCAGCGGUUGCAGGAACAAAAUGAGGUGCCAGAUUGCUGGUACUAAUCAAUUUGCUUUAGAAUAAAUCAAGGAUAUGGCGGAGGCGACGAAAUAGAAUGGAGUUACAAUGUAGCAUUAACACUCGAGUUGAUUUAUCCAAUAUGAUCGAACACUAGGCAUAUUAUAAUUUACACCAUUAAUGGUUGUUCAUUUCCCUGAAUGGCUAAAUGUCAAUGUGGCAGCACCUAUAUUUGGGCUAAAAAUGUCUCAAUUCAGGCAACAUUCAAUUUUAUUCUUCAGAAGAAACACUGUCAAUCCUUUUGCUUUA